GAUUUGCGCCCCCCUACGUCAUUGGAAUCUCAAAAUGGCUCCUGCUCAAAUUCGCUGUCCAAGUGGGGGCGGAUGCCGGUUUUUCUAACAGAAAUUACACACGACCAUACGACUGACAUUCUCUCUUUUCCUGCCGCUAUCUCUCGAAAUAGAAACCGUAUUUUGAUUGCGUCAUCAUCGUGUAAUUAGGGAUACGCGGAGAUCAUUAUAGGCAUAGCCUACAGUGAACAACCGGGACCGAGCAAUUGUAGCUGAUGCAGCCACUACAGCGUUUUGGUUGUGGAGCGGUGGUGUGGGGAAUGUGAAUGACAUGGAAAAGGCAGAGAAUGGCAUUUUUCCACCGGCUUUGUCUGUGAACGAAAAGUUGACCAGCAGCACAUCUCUCAACCAGCCACUGUCUGACUAUACCGCCGACGCCGCAGGUCUUCUCUCUAAACAUGUCAACAGGGAUGAGACGUGUUGAACUGACAGCGGACGCAGCCGGUGAAGCAGGAGAGGAUAUUUCCCGUUCCACAGUAGCGUGUGUACGUGUCGGGACUACGAUAAUGCUCGAUUUAGUUACUGACAGCCCAUCUGGUGGCACUGUAAGCAAUUGUGUCAUUCCUGAGCCAGGUAGCGACUCUGCUACAAACGGGUUUACUGGGUCAAUAAUGGUUGCCUCCAAGGCAGGGAGCUGCUCUGCUAUCACUGCAGUGAAUCGAGAGGAAAUGGACAGAAGUGCUCUCUGGGGGACAUCGCUGGCUCAGAAGAACAAUGAUUGCUCUGCAGAAAGACUAGAUGCCUGUGUGACAGCAGCUGAGCCACUGCAGUCAUUGGCACACUCCUGGAAUGGACAGCUUGAACAGAGGUGCACAGCAGCCUCCCGGACUGGUCCGGAGGGGUUCUCGAUUGGAGACACCGUUUGUGUUAUACAGAGUCCUCUUCGCAGUGAUGCUGUUAUUAGACCACAUAUUAACCGAAGUACGACCUCUGACAAAGAGGACGAAAUGGCAAACGGUGGAUUAUUGAUAGGAUACAACAGUGCCAAGUUACACACAGAGACAGCUGUAACAGUUCUUUCUGAUGGAGCUGCAACCUGUAUCUCUAACCCACAAUGUGAAAAGCUCUCCUUGUCUGCAGUGAGUGCAAGGGAGGGCCAUCACGAAUCCUGCAAUAUCAGAGAGAAACCUGACGGAGCUGGGGCCCAGCCUAGAAAACAAGCUAACGUGGCAGGAGAGCUAUCUGAUGGUGCUACUUCCAGUCUCAUCUCUCAGGGUUUACCAUCAAUCCCAGCACCAACGAAAGACCCCUGCAGUGUCAAACCAGACACCAGGCAGGGAGCAGAACCAUCAACAUCUGGUCUCUCAGGAGGUGAUCCAUCCUCCAGACUCCAUCCUCAGUCCCACAAGACCAUCAGUCUGAACUAUGACCCGUCCAGCAUUCUCAGCCCAGGGGACGAGGAUGAGGAUGGGGAGACCUUUGUGGAGCUGGGGGCCCAAGGCUACAGUGACCUCAGGUUCAUGGACGUCAGUCUGAGCUCCAGGAACACCUAUGAGUCCAGCAGACGUCAGUCCGCCCCAGGACAUAUAGGACUGAGUGUGGACUCCUCUGAACUGGCCUUACAGUCAAAAAGACCCGGCAUCGCUGAGUAUUUUGGCAGGGGUUUAUUUUCCAAGAAGCAUAUAGAGCCGAAGAGUCUGUCCCAGAAUGUACCUGGGUGGAAGCUGUUUGGAAAGGUUGCUGCCAGAGAGAGCCCUCCCAAGGACUCCAGGACCAUACAGCAGGAGAGUAUUCCAGGUGGUCUCACGUCUGUGUCUGCACCCAAUCUCUUAAGCGAAGGGGAGUACGAGGCCAGGGCGGGCAAGGUUGGAUCUGGGGGAACGUCUCCUACUCAGCCUCAACAUGGCCGGAGGAAGAACCUGGACUUUGAACCACUGUCCACCACAGCUCUUAUACUGGAGGACAGGCCUUCGAACCUUCCUGCCAAGCCUGUGGAGGAGGCCCAGCGUCACCGUCAGGAGUAUGACGAGAUGGUGGCCGAGGCCAAGAAGAGAGAGUUAAAGGAGGCCCAGAGGAAGAGGAAAGAGAUGAAGGAGAGGUUUAAGCAGGAGGACAGCAUCGCCAACGCCAUGGUGGUCUGGAACCACGACAUCCUGCCCAACUGGGACAACAUGCGUAACACUCGGCGGGUGAGAGAGCUCUGGUGGCAGGGCUUGCCCCCCAACGUCAGAGGAAAGGUCUGGAGCCUAGCCAUCGGCAACGAGCUCAACAUCACCCCAGAGCUGUAUGACAUAUUCCUCUCCAGAGCCAAGGAGAGGUGGAGGAGUUUCAGUGAGAUGGGUUCAGAGGCUGACGAUGGGGCAUCGCUGGCAGACAGAGAGUCCAGUCUGGACCUGAUCAAGCUGGACAUAUCCCGCACAUUCCCACCUCUUUUUAUUUUCCAGAAGGGUGGGCCAUAUCAUGAUCUCCUCCACAGCGUGCUGGGAGCCUACACCUGUUACAGACCUGAUGUGGGAUAUGUUCAGGGCAUGUCCUUCAUAGCUGCAGUGUUAAUUCUCAACCUGGAGGAAGCUGACGCCUUCAUUGCCUUCGCUAACCUGCUCAACAAGCCUUGUCAGCUGGCCUUCUUCAGAGUGGACCAUGAUCUAAUGCUGAAAUACUUUGCUGCGUUCGAGGUGUUCUUUGAAGAGAACCUCCCUAGACUGUUUCACCACUUCCAGAUCUCCAACCUCACCCCAGAUCUCUAUCUCAUCGACUGGAUCUUCACUCUGUACAGUAAGUCGUUGCCGUUGGACGUGGCAUGUAGAGUGUGGGAUGUGUUCUGUCGUGACGGCGAGGAGUUUCUGUUCCGGACGGGUCUAGGGAUCCUGCGUCUCUACGAGGAUGUGCUCCUACAGAUGGAUUUCAUCCAUAGCGCCCAGUUUCUGACACGCCUCCCAGAGGAUAUAGACUCUGAUAGGCUGUUCGCCUGCAUCGCGGCCAUGCCCAUGCUCAACGGAAACAGGAAAUGGUCCCAGCCUAUUAUAUAGAUCCUGGAUGGCAGGAAGCUUGGCCCCAGUGAUGUACUGGGCCGUACGCACUACCCUCUGUAGUGGCUUACGGUCAGAUGCUGAGCAGUUUCCAUACCAGACGGUGAUGCAACCGGUCAGGAUGCUCUCGAUGGUGUAGCUGUACAACUUUUUGAGGAUCGGGGGACCCAUGCCAAAUCUUUUCAGUCUCCUCUUCACGACUGUCUUGGUGUGUUUGGACCAUGAUAGUUCGUUGGUGAUGUGGACACCAAGAAACUUGAAACUCUCAACCCGCUCCACUACAGCCCUGUCUAAGUUAAUUAAUGGGGGCCUGUUCGGCCCGCCUUUAUCAUAGAUUCAAACUUGUUGGGUCCUACAAUUCAUUUUACUACAGCACCUGCAGAGGUGUAUGAAUGUCAGGUAAAGAAAUGCAUAAGAAAUAACCCAUAUAAUAGUCUGCCUUUUUGUGGAAAUGCAGCACCACCUACAGGUAUGUAUUGUGUGUGCCUAAAAAUAACCAUCGUUGCAGUUUGAUAUUGAGAUUUGUUCUCCUUCUUCUUUCUCCUCUCCAGGUGUUUAAUGCAUUGAUAAAGGAGAACAAGGACGUGGACAGGAAUUGCAGCCAAGUAGUGAAGAGUUCAUGAUUCAGCCGUGGAACAAUUUUAUCAUCACAUUCCUCUCUUUAAUUGGUAAAUGGACCUUAAAGAAUGACAUCAUACUUGAAGAUGGAGGCCUCAGACACCAUUGCCAGGUUGAUUGAAUUAAGAGUAUUUAUGGUAGUAUACCAUGAAUAUAUGAUGAUAUACUGUAGGUAGAUGUGAUGAAUUGGGUCUGUCUAGUCCCAUCAGAAAGGUAUGGAGUUUCUUAGAUUGAGUGAGGCCCUUUGUUACACCUGUGGAUUUUAUCUCACUAACAUUACAAUAUAUAUUUUAUGAAAGUGCACCUCCAAGCAUACAUAUAUUUAUAUGACUUAAUUGACCAAGCCAACUUUACAACAUAGAAGGAAAAUUAUGAAAUAAUUGACAGAGCCCUUCCGUUUCUUAAGUGUCUGAAGCUUGACAUCGAAUAGUUUAACUAAACUACCAGUAAUAGGUUUUAAUUACAGUGAGCAAUUGUUUCCGAAAGGAAUUGCAAUAGAGAAAAUGUGUGACAUGUGGCACUAGCCCAGGAUUGGACUAAAUGAGCCUACCGUUACUCCUUAGUUUAAGGACCUUGCAUGCUCUGUUUAAAGGGCGAAUUGACUCUGAAAGACAAAACUGCCAAAUACUCCCAUCUAAACGUGAAUCGAUUCUCAAUUGCGGCACGGUUCUAGAAACAUAGAUCCCUCUACUUUCAUAUCACAUCUAAAUAAUUUCACAAAUGCAAAAUACACACUGGUUUUAAUACAGUUGUAGUCGACAGUAUUUUUCAGCGACAACACGUUUGUGUCGUCUGUCUGCCGUUUACACACAGGUGUUCGGAGACGGAUAUAGCUAAUUAGCACAGAUUAGCACACUCUGUCUUCCGUCUGUUUUUCGUAAACAAUCGCCGUAACAUGGAAAUAUGUCCGUAUGGGAACCCUAACCCUUUACAUUUACCUUUUGUUUUCAUUCGAAAGGCACUCGCACAUAUGAGCUAUCUUUGUUGCAGGUGCAACAGUUGAAUACAAUUAGGGGGGAAAGAAACCCGCACACUGCUCCUGCUACUAUCACUUCUCUUUAUUAAGCUAGCUUUAUGAAGGCAUUGAGGCCGAUACGUAAAACUAGCUUAAUAAAGAGCAGUGUGCGGGUUUCUUAUUUUUUUUCUCGCGGAUGUGAAAGGUUAUGCUUCCGAAAUCGUACGGUAAGCGACGCGUGUUAAUGUUCAGAACGAGCGUCGCGGCUCGUACACCCCCGUACAGAAGACGCCUCCGUCCAAUGACUCUUAUGUGUAAUGUAAUAUAACUGAGAGUUAUGAUCAAGGCCUGUUGUGCCACGUGAGGUUUCAGUGUUUUGCUGGAUGAAUCUUGCUGGAUGAAUCCACAGUGAAGCUAUUAUAUUGUUGUGAAUAAAACAGCAAUGGGACACAUUUUCAAAGUAACUAUUCAUGAAACAUAAUUAACUUUUAAAACUUGGUCUUGUUUGUGAUGUUGCUCACAUCUAUUGUUACUUUACAUUUGACCAAACACUUAUGUUGAGGUCCAACAUAUUUUAUUAUCAAUGCUGUAAUUCAUGGUUCUAGAGUACAUGUUUCAUAUCGUUUCUUAUGCUCUCUAUUGUAUAGUUUUCAUACUGAGUACUAAAACAAUUGUAAAUAUAUUUUAAAUAAAUUCAAAAGUACCCCUGUGAUACUGUAUCAGACCAGAAGUUAUGAAUUAUGUAAAUAAAUCAAAGAGAUGAUUAUUUCCAAA